CUUUAGUUUGAGUUUGGCACCUACGACCUUUUUCGAGGGGCUAACACCAAAAGCACCAACAUGCUGGGCAACCGAGUGCCCGCGGAAGCUAUUCUGAAGUGCGUUAUUGGCCGGCAUCCAGCUUGUGCAGAUUGAAUAUUAGUAUAUUUGCUGAUUGCUUUGGGGCUACACUGGACUGGCGCAAAUCUUGGGAAUCAGGAGGCAUUGAGGGGACGCGCUGCCCGCCAAACCAUAGCAAGGCCUGAGGUUGACGCAUAACUAAGACCUCAGACCAAGUGUUGACAUCCUAUGUGUGCUGUGGACGCCGUGACAACUAGCGUUGAGGACGCGAAACCGCCAGGGUCAGAGAUGGUCUCGGUUGUCCGUCAUGUUUGCCUCCCGGAGUUAACGACUCAGAAGGGCGAUGAGUUGUCCUUUAUCGCCAAAAAGGGCUUACUUCAGGAGGAAAAUAAAUUUGCAGUUGCCGCCUCCAUUAUUUCGGAGGCGCCACACCUGCCGGAGACUGGCGCGAACAGUUCGUUGCCGGAGGUUACUGCUUGCACGCCUUCCACAGCUCAAGAUGCAGCUCAUCGAAAUGAGUCAGCUUUGCCUCAUUCGAAGGCUUGCGCUGGUUCGUCGCGAAUGUCGGAGCAGCGUGCUGACGCGCCGCCAGCGCCCGUUGUAGAACUUUCCGCUAGCGGCCAAGCGCACGAAAAACCGGCACAAGGGUCGCGGUCUUCUAAUAUAGCCCAACGCUGCAAGUUGGCGGCCUCUUCGGCUCAAAACAGCGAGUGCAGGAUGGAUGGGCGACAAGAUGUUGCAGACCGCACGGGAGCAAACAGCACACCAGCUGCGCCUGCAGCAAAGCCGGACAUUACCGUCCUUGCUUCUGCCGUGGCUGCGUCCAAGCUCGGCCUGGUCGACCAACUAAGCCAAGCACUGGCGACAUGCGCGGCUGUUGCAUUUGCCAAGGACGCGGAGGACCGCACCUGCCUCCACUACGCCGCGGGCUACGGCCACGAGGAGUGCGUGUCGCUGCUGCUGGAGCACCACAGCGACACCCGCGUGCGCGACGCCAACGGAGACGUGCCGCUGCACUUUGCCGCCAUCCACGGACACCCCAUGUGCGCCUACAACAUCACAAAGGCGUGUCCCGCCACCUGCCUGACCCGCAACUACCGCGGCCAGACGCCGGUGGAGGUGGCGGUGGCGUGCGAGCGGGGGGAGGUGCUCAACGCAAUGCUGCUGGCGUGUGCGGGCGACGGCAGCGGCGGGCUGACAGUGCAGGCCAUGCGCAAGCUGCUCGCCAGCGGUGCCGUCCCCGACACCUGGGCGCCCAACGGCAGCAGCGCGCUCAUGCUGGCGGCCGCCGCCAACGGCACGGAGGCGCUUGCCGUACUGCUGGAGGCGGGGGCCACCCUGGAGCUGCAGGACGCGCUGGGCCGGUCGGCGCUCAUGUUCGCGGCGGGGAACUGCGCGCGGGACACGCUGCUGGCGUUGCUGGAUGCGGGGGCGUCCAUCAGCCAGAGGGACCGGCGGGGGCGGAAUGUGCUGGACUAUGCGCCGCCUGGGAGCGAGGUGCGGCGGCUGCUGCAGGCCCGACUGGACGAGCUGGAGGCGGUUGCGAACAAGCUGCAAGAGGACCUGCUGGCCAGUCUGGGCGCGUCGGAGGCGUGGAAGCCAAGGGGACGUCCGGCGGCAAGAAGAAGAAGCAAUCUGCUGGCAAGAAAGCCCCUGCUGCAGCAUCCGCCUCGGCCACCAAGUCAUCAUCGUCAUCCGCUGCCACGACUGCGACUGGAUCCAAAUCCAAACCCACCUGUACGACAACACCUGCAACCGCCUCCGCCUCCGAUACCAACCCUGCGCCAUCCGAUCCGCCAUCCUCGGCUUCUGCCUCCACGGCCCCUGUCUCUGAGACGCCGCAAGGAUUGGAGGCGGCGACGACAACGGUGGCUGAGGGCGUUGCCAAGUUGCUCAGGUCGGGUGCCGCUGGCGCUGCCACGAUUGCGACGACAUCUUCGCAGAACCUCCAGUCGACCCGCAACCACUGGUUUGGCGCGGCUAGCGCGGCCAGCGAGGAUAACGACGAGCGGACGUGGCAAAAGGUAAACUCCCACAAAUGCUCCGGCAAGUCGCGACAGCAGCAACUGCAGCCUCAACCUCAAUCCUCAACGUCAUCAUCAACCACAGCCGUCUUAACGGUAACGGUCAGCCGCGCUGCGUUAACCAAAGCGGCAGCAGCGGUGGCGGCGUCUCCUGCGCCACUCCCGCCUCAAUCUGUUGGCCGGCCGCCUUCCUCGUCCUCUUCAACAGUGGCAGACGCGGCCGCGACGGUCCACCUUGCCGUGCCACCAGUAGCCGUGGCCUGCGGUGCCACUACUACUGGGGCUGCUGCUGCUGCCGCGGCUGCAGCGGCGCAAGGCGAGCGCAGGCCCGCAUGGGGCGGCGUGAAGCCUGGCAGCCAGGUGGCUGCCGCGGCUGCGGUGAGCUGCGUCGCCGGCUGCAGCCCCCGGUCCUACCCGCCGCUGGCUGCUGCUGCUAGCGCCGGCACUGCUGCCGCCCCGUCCCAACCUGCUCAGCCAGGAGGGCCGCAAGGGCCGUCCCGAGCGUCCUCGGCACGUCAACAGCAGGCUGAGCAACCGCAUGCAGCAAGGCAGCAGGAUCAAGAGCAGCAGGCGUCGCUUUCCGCUCUCAUCUCUGAUGGCUCCGAGUCCUCCUCCUCUUCCUGUACCGCGGCCGCAUCCGCGCCGCCCUCCGUCGCCUCGCUGCCCGAGUCCGAGGUCUCCUCCUCCACCGGCACCAGCACCUGCAGCCAUUCGGGGGACGGCUCCUGCUCCCCCCGCUCACUACCGUGCCACUACCAACACCAGCUGCCGCACGGCGGCCACCAUGACUGGACGCGGCCCAGCCCUGUAGAUGUGCUGCUGCAAGCGGCUCUUGCAGCUUCCGCAGAUGCUGCUGCUGCCGAUGCAGGUGCAGGGGUUGCUACAGGCAGCAGCAGCAAAACGCUUGCCGUGUCUGCUGGACACCGUAGUAGCGGGUGCAGCAGCAGCAGUAGCAGCUGCAAGAUUGGCAGCUGCGGUAGCAGCAGCAGCGAUCAGCUCUCCUGCGACAGCACAGUGCUUGAGCCCCUCCAGCCGCUGCCGCAGCAACCCACCUUGCACCCGUACGGCAUAGCACAUCUGGGCGGGACGGAGGUACCGCCCCCGCGUCGGUCAGGUGGUGGAGGGCCCGGCUUGUCCACUCUAGAUGAGUUGCUGGGUCGCCGUGGCGGAGGCGGCACUGCGGGCUGCUUCACAGUCGGGAGCCCCAGCCAGCUUGCCUGCGGAGGAGGUCUCGCCACGGGUGUUGCAGCGGCCGCUGCGGUGCCGGGGCUUGCCUUUUCAUGUGCCGCCGCCGCCGCUGCACGCGAGGGUGGGUCCAACACCGUGCUGCCACUGCAGCACUGUUUGCUACACCCCCAGCAGCAGCAGCAAUCGGGGGCAGCAGCUGGGUUGGUGGUUGCUGGUGCUGCUGACAGGGGCAGCAGGCAGGCGGGCGGUUCAUGCGCGUCCGCGAUGUCGGAUGUGGCGCGGCUCAGGUCGGAGAAUGAAGCGCUGCAACGGCGGCUGCGCAAGGCUGAGCUGCGCCACAGCCAGGAGGUGGCGGCGGUGCUGAUGGACGCGGAGCAGCACGAAGCGGCGGCGGUGGAGCGGGCCGUUGCGCAGGAGCGGCUCAGGAUUACCGCGAACCUGCUGGCUAUCGGUCUGUGUCCCGAGGCCAUUCUCGCCGUCAUCACGCCGCCCGGACAUGGACUGGACGCGCGGCACAUCCUGGCGGCAUCCACCGCUGCCGCCGCGGCGCCACCCGCGCUGGGCGCAUCCGCCCUGGGGUCCCACUCCUCUGCUGCUGCUGGGGGUGCUGGUGCUGGAGGUGUUAAGCACGCAGCUGGCGCGGGGAAGGUUGCCAGCGGUGGCGCCGGACCAGCCGCCGCCGUGGGGCUAUCAUCCUCGUCUUCCUCGGCGACGGCGGGCACUAGCGGCAGGGCAGGGGCGGCGGCGGCCGUCGCAGCCCCAUGCAGGAACAGCGACGGCGGCAGCGGCGGCGGUCGCUGCGGCCGCGUGGACGGUUCGGAGCCCCCGCACAGGUCUAGCGCCGGCGGCGGCGGUGCCACGUCAGCGUUUACCUCCUACCGAGCUCCCUGGGACGCGGAGGCUGCCGCGCGCUGCAGCAGCGACGGCACCGCGGAUGCCUUGGGUGGUAUCUGCCUUCCGCCGUCGCUGUCCUUCGGGUCCCUCAUAGCGCCGCCCUCCCCGGCCAUUGCCAUCCCCUCGGCGGCCACUGCCGCCGGUGGCGGCUGCUGCCCCUCCGCUGCUGCCCUGCCCGCCACUGCCAUGCCAGUGCCUGCGAGCAGCAACCCCGGAGCCGGCGCACGCCUCACCAGCUUUGGCAGCCCGAGCACCGGACGUAUGAUGAGCGGGAGUUUUGGCUCCAACGGCGUCAUGGGAGGCGUGUGUGCGGGUCUGGGUCUGGGUGUGUUGUCGGGCUGUGGGGGGUGUGGCUUUGCGGGUGCGUCGGGCCUAGCGCUGGGUGGGUUGGCGGCGGUGGUGGCUGCGGAGGAGGGUGAGGAGGAGGAUGACGGCUGUGCGAUGGAUCUGCCGGCGUGCGGCGACAUAUCUGCGCUGCUAGCCAUGUCGGAUGAUGACGACGCCUGAAGCAAAGCGGGCGACCUCGUCUGAUGUGGUGUGGCGAUUUGUUGGGUGGUGUCGGGCUGCUGCAAACAUGUGUGUGCAUUGUUCUUCUGUGCAGCAUGGUCGCGCGGCUGGUAGUGUGUGUGGGCGUUUCCCGGCAUGCGUGGAGCAGAUGGCACGGAUUGACACGCGGUGUGUUGUUUGGUGAUGCGGAGUGGAGCCGCAACAUUGUAUGUGUUGUGCGUGUUUGGCAUGUAGUCGCGCUGCUGUAUGCCUCGGAACGCGCCGGAAGGGACCGGUCUGAGACCGGUACCUCUUCGAAAAGGCCACUGGGAGAGCUGCCGUGUAGGGUGAAGGAGGAGGCGCAUUACUUGGAGCGCAUUGCUUUAAUGGUUUGGUUUGGUUUGGCGACUGUAUAAUGGUUCUAUGUUGUGUGUUUGGAGCAUGAGGUGGACACUCUGGUGUGGACGUUUAGCGCUCGUUGGGAGCCCCCGCUGGAUCGCUGUACGUUGUGUUGUUGCCUCAGUAGUGGACGGAACGCUAGACUUGGAGCGGAAGGGAGGGUCGAGUAAGCCACGGCGGCAAGCUGCUUCCGAGGCGCCCUUCCGAGGCAGCCAACCGUUCGCGUCGGAAGUUUAAUUCAUUUAGAUGGCGACCCGGGGUCGUUGUGUGGCACUACCCCAGCUAAGUGCAUCUUAGCGGGGUUUGGUACCUUGGGUAUGGUGUUUUGAUGUGGAUGGGUUUCUUUGUGGAUGGGUUUCUUUUUCGCGCGUGAGGAGAGAUGGAUCGCGCUUCGUAUCACAUAUAGACGCCGUGCAGCUGGGCUCUUGAAGCACAAUUUUCUUCGACUGGCGGCAGAAAGAGAGAGAAUCGUACAUUUUGCGCAAUGGGGCUACGACCGCGCAACGGAGGAGGGAUCCCCUGUGGUCUAAAUAGUUCCCCUUCUGGGUCUUCUGAACGGAUGGGAGCAACCUUCUGCUCAUUGUGUUGGCUCUGCGAGGAGAGAUGUGGAGGCGUGCGUGCAGAGGCGUUGCGGAGAAGUGAAGUCUGUACAGGAGAAGCCGAGUGGGGACAACGACCCAUGGGUCUGUCCGAAGAUUUUCCAGCCAUUUUGCGUUUCUGGAUGUGUUUUGUGCGCGUGUGUGUAGCUGUGUGUGAUUGUGGUCGCGUAUAGUCGAAAGUCAGCGGCAGACGGAAUGGUGCGGCGCAUUUGCGGUGUGGUCUCGGUGCUGUGGUAUCACAUACACGUGCUCCCCACGACGACCCACGGGUCUCUGCCAUUCCUGUGUCUGCUAUGUCGGUGUGCUAACGGUGAAGUUUGCCGCAUUGUUGAUGGUGGUGGUUGGUUGUUUGCGUGAUAUACUCUUAUCCUUUGAACCUAUCGGUUAAAGCUUUUGCGUCCUAUCAGGCGCGAUUCGUGUAUCCUAUUUGAAGUGGCGACGGUGGAUUCUGGCGGUGGCAGUGGUCGUGUUGUGGGGGCACCCGUCCUGAAGGGCCGAAGGGCGCUGCGGACGUAAUAAGCGGGGCAGGUGACGGCUGUCCUUUGCAGCCCAGCCCCUGGCGAGACCCUGAAGGCACUCGCACGUGGUAAUGCUUCUUUGCGCGGGCGGUAUAGGUGUAUAGCUGCAGGGCACACAGCCUUGUGCGCCCUGAUCUGCUGGCAGUUGAGAGUCACAUCGCAUGAUGCCUGGCAAACAAUCCCCACACCCCACGCUGCAAUCAUUGAGCAGCAGGGGCGAGAUCCUAUCACCUCGAACUCCUUUCGGAAUUGGCACCGCAGCGUUGCACUCGCCUGCUGUUUAGUCGGAGCGCUAGGGGGGCCUUGUGUCCCUGAUGCGCGCAACAUGUUUAUAAUUGAUGUGAUGCCCGUGUGCACUUUCCGGGCGGCUAAUUGAGUUAUUAAGUUGCUGUAACAUUUCAAUUUGGUCGGUAUAAGCGAGAUGAUGUAGGGAUGUGGGAUUUGUCUUUUCGUCGUCAUUGUAGUGGUGGUGGUGGUGGUGGUAGUGUUUUUUGUGGUGAUGCGCCCCGGGGUCAACAUCAGGUGAAGGUAUGGAAGUUUAAACGCUCGACGCCAUCUUGUCAGGACGAGAUAUAGCUCCAUAAGUAAGGUUAUUCUUGCUAUAAUGGUUCGAAGGUUAGCUGAGGCGAGAGGAAUUGCCGUGUUGUUGGUGAGAUGUGGGGCCUCCAUUCUGGCGCAUCAGAAGUAACCUUGCAUCUGUUGCGGCGAGGUAGGUUAGCUGCAUGGUCAUUGCCCAUCCAGAGAGAGACGAGACGGAGAGGCACGCUGUUUUCGUGCUCUGCACGGGGUUGCCAACCGCUGCUGAGUGCUGCGAAU